AUGCUUUCUCUGUCUUUACUUGCUCUACUUGGCGUCGUCCAAGGUGCCAGGACUGGCCUCCCACCACCCGGAGAUCCAUUCAUUGACCCAUACAAUGAUCCGUACAAUCCGUUGAGGUACAUCCCCUCAAAUGUCUUGACGGGUGUGAGCUUCGGACUGUACUUCAUCACUGCUACAGCUCUCGCGCUGUGUAUGAGAAAAUGGGGAGCCAAGUGGAUGUUAUGUCUUGUUAUUGGGUCUUAUACCUUUUCGGUGGGCUUAGCACUAAGGUUUGGACUGGCAAAAAAUCCCCAUUCAAAGGGAAUCUACAUUGCGGAAUACCUUUUCGUUGUCUUGUCGCCGUGCGCUUUCCUAGCAGCGGAUUACAUUCUUCUUGGACGGCUUGUUACCCAUUUGAAUGCGGGCCAGUACCUGUUUAUUCGCCCUGACCGAGUCAUGAAGAUAUUCUUGGCCUCCGAUGUGUUUAGUUUUGCCGUUCAGGCAUGUGGAGGUGGCAUGUCAACCACCAACGACCCAGACAAACUCCGUAUCGGGCAAAAGCUCUUCUUAACAGGUCUCGCGCUGCAAUUAGCUUCGUUUGCACUCUUCAGCGCACUCUAUAUCGUUUUUCUCAUUCGCGUUUACAAGUCUGCCCCGGAGAUAUGGCAUCACGACCCUCCUGUCCCCUGGUACAGCAAUUGGAAAACCUUGGCGGCUGCACUCGCAUUGAGCUGCGUUGGCAUUUUGAUCCGAUCGGUGUUCCGCACCAUUGAGCUGUCUGAAGGUUUCCGAGGACACCUGGCUACGACCGAAUCGUUGUUCUAUGGACUGGAUACGUACCCAUUGUUUGUUGCUGUUGCCAUAUACGUACCAUUCUGGCCUGGGCGUUUUAUCACCCGACCCGACGGUGAAGCUACCAGGAGAGGUUCUCCGGUUGAGGAAAAAGCAUAA